UCAUUUGCUGAAGCACACGCGUCGUAACUAUCCGGAUGAAACGUCUUAUAUGUCUUACUAGCUAGCAAAUUUUAUCUUCGCAGCAAAAUAUUAAGUUUGCGAGAGUAAUAUAUUCUAUUUAGCAAAAAUGAUCAAGGCAAUUUUAAUAUUUAAUAAUCACGGAAAACCGCGCCUCAUAAGAUUUUAUCAGUAUUUCGCUGAAGACAUGCAACAACAGAUAAUCAGGGAAACGUUCCACCUUGUGUCGAAGAGGGAUGACAAUGUCUGUAAUUUCUUGGAAGGAGGAAGUUUGAUUGGUGGAUCCGACUACAAGCUGAUCUACCGACACUAUGCUACACUUUACUUUGUGUUCUGUGUGGAUUCUUCAGAAAGUGAGCUUGGAAUUCUGGACCUGAUACAGGUCUUUGUGGAAACGCUCGAUAAAUGCUUUGAAAACGUCUGUGAAUUGGACCUUAUAUUCCACAUGGACAAGGUGCACUACAUUCUUCAGGAGGUGGUGAUGGGGGGAAUGGUGUUGGAGACUAACAUGAAUGAGAUUGUGGCUCAGGUGGAGCUACAGAACCGCAUGGAGAAAUCAGAGGGGGGCCUGUCCGCGGCUCCGGCCCGCGCCGUGUCAGCCGUCAAGAACAUGAACCUUCCGGAAAUCCCCCGGAACAUCAACAUCGGGGACAUCAACAUCAAGGUGCCCAACCUCUCCCCGUUCUGAGCCCGUCGCCGCGGCGACCGACGUCGAGGGGCGGCGAGGGCGGCGCGAGGAGUGACCCGAUGCGAUGCUCCCCUUUUCCUCCCUCAGCUUUUACUCCUCCCUUUUUCAGAAAAAGAAAUAUUUCCCUGUAUAGUCAUUCCCGUUAGGAAAACCUUUAGCCAAAAAAGAGGAGCGGAAAUGUUUUUCGCCUCCAGGCUCUUCCCAGCAGCCGAUUUUCAUUUGGAACUCUGCAGACUGCAACAGCCAUGUCUGAGGAUUUCUCCCCGUGUCUGACUACAGAUCGCCAGCUCUGUAAGGGAUAAGGUUCCUGAGCCAGGGCUCAUGGGAAAUGCAGGGUAUCUGGAGGAAUAAAAGAAAAACAGUCUGUACCUCACUUUUAGGGAAAUGUUUUUUUUUUUUGCGGGCUUGGUGAAAUGCUACUGACCCUCUGUGCAUUCUUUAUCAAUUGAAAACAAAGUAAUUGCGUUCUCAGUAUUUUUAAUUUAUGGAUGUUCUUUUUCGUGCUGGCUGGCCCUGCAUGGCAAUUCAGGCUCUCUCUUUAAGGUCUGGGGCCAAUGAGAAAGAAACCUGCAGUCGGCCGUUUGCUUCCAAGGAAGCAUCGGUGGUCGCGGUUGGUUGAGAAACAGGAUGUGGUUCACGGGCGAGGUAUCUUUACUGCGCAUCUGUCCCUCUCCCUGUCCCACCUGUCUGGCGAGCUCUGCGCAACCUGAGGAUACGUUGCGUCUGAGAGAACAACGUACCCCUGCGCAAAAACAAAAGAAAAUUGGCGGGUAAAAUGGGGAGGGGGGAGAAGUUUCUCAGAAUUUCAAACGAGAAAAACAGGCAGGCUUGGAACAGAGCGACUUGGUCCACUGUACCGGCUUCCUGCUGGAAUGUAGAGUGACAGCGGGCCUGUUUGGAACUGCAAAACCAGUUUAAAUCUGAGUGAACUCAGCCGCACGGCAGGGGCUUCACCAAACGGCUUCCCUUGCUCUGGUGCCGUGACGUGAGGGAGAGGGAAAGGGAGGAAGUGAGAAAGGGGGUGAGGAAUAAGAGAGAAACUGAGGGAAAGAGGAAUUGCGCGUAGGGAGAGGGUAGGAGGGGAAGAGAAAGAGGGUGUUUUUGCGCGGGCCGCUUUGGUGGGUCGCCGCAGCGUUUCUCUCGUUAGCCUCCUGACCGAGGGCUGUUUCCUGCGGCUGCACACUCAGCUCUGGGCAGGGGUAUGAGGUAUGCUAUCUGCUGGUGCACGGGUUAAAAACCGCAUUUCCCAUUUCUGGUCUGACGUCUGUUCUGCUUGAUUUCAGUACGGCAGUUGAGUCCUGGAGAAAAUAUGAAAACAACACUGGAAAAAAAAAAAAAAAAAGAUUUUUUUUCUUCUUAAAAUUCUACUCCUUGGUUGAUUUGCAUAACAGUUGUGUAUGAUAGGAAACACCUGCUUAAUUUGCACUGAAGCAAGCUCCUCAGCUUUUGCCCAUAUCUGUACUACUCUGAUGUGUGACCUUGAGGACAUUGGCUGUAAAAUGGUGAAACCAUUUGGUUAAAUUAUGCUGACAUUUUUUUUUUGUUUGUUCCCCACAUACAUUCCCAUAGAUGUUGAUGGUUUCAUACGACAGAGAAUUUCAUUUGUUUCCUUUUUUUCGUUGAAAAAUAUAGUUUGUAUAUUUUUCAUUAUUGUACAGUACAUCAGCUCUUUAUUAUAGACGUGCCAUUCGGAAACAUUUUUAUUUUGUCAAUAUUUCAUGCGGUUACUUGGGGAAGUGAUUCCCCCGCAUGAGCAACAUUAUUUAGAAUUGUGCGCAGUGAUGUUCCUUUGAAUUGUGUACGAGUGGUGACUGACGCUCGGCCUAGUGUGUGACACACUGUACAGAUCAUUUCCUGACGCAUUAAUAAACCAGCAAUAGAAAAAACUUUG